AUGGCUGAGGACGAAAUCUCAGAAGUUGAACAGCUCCCUGAGAUUCUAGUCAGGGGCGGAGGCGGGUCGUCAACAAAUUUCUCCGUUGGUGUUGCUGAUCUUACUGUGGGGCUGAUCUUUGAUGUGAUGCGGAAAAUUAGUGCUGCAAAUCGCUUUGUGAAAGACGGGCUCUGGCCUAAAGCAGGAGAUUAUCCAUUUGGCUCCAAGUUGGGUGGCAAGAAAGUUGGGAUCGUGGGAUUAGGCAGCAUUGGCUUAGAAGUCUCGGGGAGGCUAGAGGCAUUCGGCUACAUCUGCGAACUAGUUGCCAUAUCCGAUGUCCUUGUCAUCUGUUGCGCUUUAACGGAGCAAACUCGUCAUCUAAUCAACCGUGAGGUUCUUUUGGCACUCGGAAAGAGAGGAUUUAUCGUGAAUGUAGCACAUGGAGCUAUAAUCGAUAAGAAGCAAUUGGUGCUUUGUUUACAACAAGGACUGAUAGCUGGUGCUGGAUUGGAUGUGUUUGAAAAUGAACCCCAUGUUCCUGAAGCACUUUUCUCACUACAUAAUGUAGUGUUGUCGCCUCAUUGUGCGGCCUUCACAGAAGAAUCCUUUCGGGAUUCAUAUGAAAUUGCGUCUGGUAAUUUGGAGGCAUUCUUCUUGAAUAAGCCAUUGCUUUCUCCGGUUCUAAGCAAGUAG